UAUUGCGUAGCGAUACGAACUUGAAUUUAGAUAUUUUGAUUUGAUACAAACCGUUUGUUUCAUAGAGAUUUUGGCGUAACUCUAACUUCAUUUAGUCAGAUCUUGCAUCUGAUUUUGAACUUAAAACAUGUUUUCUGUAUAGAAUAGUUAUUUAGAAUACAGGAGUCAGACAUGCGAUGUAUAUAUCAGUACCGGAGAGGCUAGCAAACAAAUAUGUCAAAAGAAAUAAGAAAAAAACACUGUUAUCUAAACAGUGUGACCUAAAGACGUUACAAUAAAUGGCUCAGCAGAUACUGCAUCAGCAACAGCUUAAAAAUGCAAAAUACAGAAGCUGGGUAAAAGCCGGUCUUUCCCUGAAAUAUCUUAAGGAAGGACUUGAAAUAUUUUCAGAAGAUGUUGUCAAACAGCAACAUGUUUACUUACUCAAUGCUUCUAAGCAAACGCACAACUUGUCGGCAGUAAACUGCAACUGUUGCAGCUUGAGGACCCUUCAGCCGGACCAUGUUCGGACUAAAAGCAGACAGUGUCCGUUGGGUCAAGUUAAUUGCAAUUGCCAGUUUCCAGGCGGAAAAGUUGCGUGUCCAAACAAUGUUUGUGGUGCACUAUAUGACCAAAUAAUCAUAAAUCAUGCUUCCACUCCUCCAGCUCCUUUCUGGAAAAAUACCCAUGUGCAGAACUGGAGCACUGAUGAAUGGGCAGUUGCAAAAUGCUAUAUCAAUGCCCCUGGAUAUGCAACCAAAACAAAUGCAACAGAUAUUGACUGCACGGGGUUGCUACACCUCUUCAUUAAUAGCAAAUAUCUGCAGACGAAAAUCCAGUGUAAGAUAACGGGACAGGAUGUUUUCUCAAAGACAAGAUCUGCAAGGAACAGCAUCUAUCAUUCCAGUUCUUUGGAGAUGGAGGAAACUGAAGUUAAUGAUAUUAUUAACAAUAUGAUUGCUGUUCUAGAAGAUGGCAAAGAGUUCCUAAAUAGACCUGAAUCUAAAGCUGCUGUUAAAAAGUUAAAAGAGCUCAAGAAUUCUGAUUUUGUAAUAUCUACACUGAGUGAAGCAGAGACUAUAAAAGAUGCAAUCGCAGAAAUUGAUCUAAAAGAAAGUGAGUUAAAAGAGAUUAUUCACGAUGCGACCGACACAAUCAAGUUAACUGAGACAAAAACAUUGCAAACACUUCAAUUAAGGGGCAAAGAACUGGAACAUAAAGCAAAAGAAAACUUGGAUAUUAUUCAGAAAGCUGCUAGUGGCAUAACACCACGUAUAGAAGUCGAAAUAGAUACAGCUGCAGAAAAAAUUAAAGCAGAGGCACGAGAAAGUAUGGAGAAUUUAGAAACAACAAUCGUAAAACGUAAAGCCGAAACCUGUGCUGAAAUUGAACAGGUGAAGAAAGUUGCCAUUGAAGAUAUCAAAAAUAUCACAGACGAUUUCUCACGAAAAGUGGAAGCAUCUGAGUCGGAUAUGUCGAACAGAAUUAAGCGAAUUGAGAAGCAAUUUGUUGACACUCGCGACGAAAUCGACAGACUGAAGAAUAUGCGUUCACAACAACAAGCACGAUUAGCGUAUGUUCAAAGCAAGGGAGAUCUGAAGAAAUGCCUAAUAGAAAUGUAUACUGAAAAUGUAGUGAAAGUUUCGCCAGUGCUGCUACAGCCUGAACUCAAAGACGCAGAUGUCAACCAGCUUUACGUUGAUCCUAUCAUAGAAGUCGAACCUAAAAGGAAAAAUGAAACACUUAAACAAACUAAACAAAUUUCAUCAUAUAAGCAAGUAUUUAAUGAGGACAAACGGCAGAUGAGAUUGAUAUAUCUCAUCGGCGAGGCUGGAACUGGAAAAAGUACAUUCUGCAUAAAUAUGAUCCACAACUGGUGUUUGGCGCAUUCUAACCAAUAUGCUCAAGAAUCAGAAAACAUACAGGAAAUGAAAAAGUUUCAGUUUUUGUUUUACAUAACUCUUCGCCACUGCACUGAAACAAACUAUAUUGAAACAAUGGUCAGAACCCAUUAUGCUGAUCCUGUUAUUAAAACCAUACUGGAAAAAGAAGCACAAGAGUGCCUGAUAUUGUUAGACGGUCUAGACGAAUGGACUCCAACAUCUCAUCAGAACACUGGUUCGCAGUUCCAGACCAAAGACCUUCCGAUACGAGAUCUACUUACACCUUACACAAUCAUAACUACUUCAAGACCUUGGAAAUUUGAAUCCCUUGGCAUUCAAAGUACCGAGAUUCAUCAUAAACUGCGAUUGCGCGGAGUGAAUGACAUUGGAACAAUGACAGAAAGAACAGUGAAUGAGUUAAAUAAAAUGUUUCAAACAAACAAAAAUAAAGCUGAUUUUGAAAACGACCUUUCAGAAUGUAGUUUUGAAGACGACAUGAGGCGUAUGCCGAUGGUGUUACGGCAACUUAUUUGUCUUUGGUUCGAUGGAAAACUGAGCAGUUUCGGCAAAACCGAAAUAUACAGUAAUAUUUUGAGUCUUCAUUUUGAAUGGGCGAAUCAGCGGCAUAACAAUGACGAGAUAUUUGGAUAUAUGAGAGAGAAAUCUGCGAAUUUAGAGAACGUAAUCAUCCCUGAUCCAUGUAUCCGCACAGAGCUAUGUCAAGAGUUUAAAUAUGUUGUAAAUCUUGUGGGGCGAUUAGCACAUGUGACCUUGCUUUCAGAACAGAAAGAAUCCUCUCUCGUUUUUGAUAAUUCUGUUUUCAGAAGGCUUCAGAUUCCAGAAGAAGUAAUCAGUUUUUGUCUUAAAACUGGUAUUUUGUCAAAGGAACGUGCCAUUGGCCUACGCUUGAGCACAAGGCAACACCUUUCAUUUUCUUUUGUCCAUAAGUCAAUGCAAGAGUUUCUAUGUGCAAUACAUAUAUAUCAGGAACUCAGGCGGACGUCGGAGCACGCGUUCAAAGAAUAUACUGUGGAUUCUUUAGAUGACAACAUAAAAUAUCUGAGUGGCUGCAAAACUGUAAAUAAUAUCCUAGAACAGUCAAAUAUCUUUACAUUUUCCUGUGGAUUUGACCCUUUUCUAGCUGUGCAUCUUUCUAAAUUUCUAUAUAACAUUGUCGUUGAAGACGAAGGGUUCAUUGACUUUCGUACAAAUAUAAAGUACGAGCCAUUUGAAAUAAGAGAUAUUUCAUCUCUACCAUUUUUCACUUUGAAUAGCCACGGCCAUAGUGCAGCGGUGUUAUCAAUGCAGAAUGUGUUGUUUUCAUUAAUUAAAGAAGCAAUUCAAUACGAAGAGAAACCUGAGCAAGAGCAAAUAGUUUUCCUAGCUGAUGUGGCAUAUAAAAAGAUGGUCACUGGUGACACUGAAUUGAUAAAAUAUAUAAAACCGGAAUUUGUAUUGUCCUUGAGCAUUGAUAUUGCAGGCCUGGAUUUACCUACAACUCUCCUUGAGUUUUUGAAUGAUCCUUGUCUUGGUCAAAAUAUAUCAGCAUUAAAGAUUGACUUUUCGCCUAUCUUAGGUUUUCAGUUCACAGAUGCAUCUUACAUCAUUUUAUCAAGAUUAGUGCAGAGGAGCGUAUUUACUUUAAGAUCGCUAUAUGUUCAGACAACUCCAGGGUCAAUGGACUUCUUUCCGACGCGCAUUUUUAUAGGUAAUGUUAUUCAGUUACUACCUGACAUGAAAAAGCUUGUUUCGAUUAAGCUCGAAAAUAUACAAUUAUCUUUUGCGAAUAUAAUGAAUCUGUGUAGAAUCCUUAACGAUGCUACUUAUCUACGCCAGAUUUCUUUACGUAAGAUAACUGACAACCCUGACGAUGAUAUUAUUUAUCCAGACUCACCAUACAUUGAUCUUUCAAAUCAUCACCAACUUCAAGUUCUGGAUCAUGACUUUCAAGCAAUUGGAAUGAAUCAUUUUAAUGUUGUCAAUCUUGAAACGUGUGCAUUGUGCAUGCCCAAUUAUUAUAUUUUGAAAUCUGUAUUUCGUGUGUUAAAACGAUCGCGAAAACUUAAACAUGCACAUUUUUUGGGAAACUGGUUUAAUGUAGAAGGAAAGGCAGUUAAUGUCACGAAGCAGAUAAAAGACCUCUUACCCUCAUUGAAGUACUUAAAUUCUCUAGAAUUAGACACAUUUCAGUUCAGUGAAAAUAUUAUAGAUUCACCGUUUGAAAUGCAGAGGCUGAGAAAGAUAACGUUAACAAAAAUAGUAAUGUAUGAGGAUGCAUGGGACCAUUUUCUUGACAGCGUUUUAUUGUUGCCUCGUAACGUGCAAAUUGUGAUACGGGACGCGUCAUUAAACAUCCAAGAAGAAAUGUCGACAACUCUUUUCAAAAGACGACACCAAUUACAUAACUUUGAAAGCGUAGACAGGUACGCAAGGUUUUCAACAAAACGUACAGAUGUAUAAUACUUUAGCAGAAUAUAAGGAAGCGCAUUGUAUCUUAUAAGCUACUGUGAUAAAAGAAUGACUAGAAGACGUCAAAUAUGAGUGAAAAAAACCGCCAGAAAAAUGCUCACUAUACAUAUGAUAAAAACGGGAGAAGAAUAUGAUUUUAUGACUAAUUUGAACAACAUUUACAGUUCAAAUAAAUUAAUCAUGUUCUUAUACAUUUUAAUAAUUUGUGCAUCAUUUUACUUUUAAUAUAUACGAGUAAACAAAUGUGAUAAAGCUAUGUAAUCAACUUUCUCAUUUGCGUUUAUUUCAUGCAACGUUUUAUAUGUUUAUGGAAUAAUUCUCGUUGAACAUGUACAAAUUCGAUUUAUUUUGCUACGUGCCAAGUCUAAAUAGCCAGCCUGCUUAGCUCAAAAGGGCGAGCACAGAUCUUAGAAUCGUAGAAUCGUGAGUUUGAUACUCGGGCGAGGCGCAUAUUCUCCAGGAGAUCCAUAACAAUGAGUAGUGCUUGAAACGAUAUUCAAGAAGGAGACUACUGCCAUGCGUUGUAAGUCAUUAAGAAAUAGUUUUCGCGUGAUUUGGCUAGGUAUGAAUAAGAGGGCCUCGUACUCAGACACUUCGUUGCAUUUAGAAAUAAUGUUCCGACGAAAGCAAAAUUGUUUCAGUAGAAUGGAAGAUUUGAUAGUAACAGGUAGAAUAUCGCGGACGACACGAAAACUUCCGGUCAAGUCUCGAAAAUUAACGAACUCAUUUAUAACGGUCCUUGCAUAGUUUCAUCUUAUCAAUACCACUGGACUGAACAGCUUUUGUUUCUUUGACGAAAGGUACAGAAAAUCCCAUUAAUGUUAAGAAAGGUUGAAUCAUAAUUAUUUACAGACCUUGUCGAUUUUGUUUGAUAUUCCGGCGCCAUAAUGACGUUUUGACUCGGUAUGUGGUAAGCGAUAUGUGGUAUGGCUGUUGCUAUUGACACAAUAAAUAAAUUGCAUGUAUGCUCUGAAAUAUUAUAAUGUGAUUGUUAGCACUUUAAUUGUUCUAGUUUACUAUCUUUCGAAAUUUCAGCAAUCUAGUUUCAGCGCACUAUUUCAUGUACUUUUAUUUUCUUCAAAUACUUGAUUCUUUUCAUAUAACUUCUAUAUUACUUGCCGGGUAUAUUGUGUAGUUCGAAAUUUGUUCUCAUAAUAUGUCAAAUAAAAAAUAUGAGUUAUGUAAUUGCCUUUCAAUGCAAUAUACUAGUAUCUACAUGUAAAACGCUGAUAAUAAAGGGAAAUAAAUCUAAUUAUAGUGUUACACAAUUAUUUGCAUUUUCUGAUAAAAAUUUGGUAUUUCUAUUUACACUUUUAGUAUAAAGGGAUAUUACCAUGAUUCCGAGACAAUAUUUAGUGGGUCUGGAUGACAAUCUGUGUGUUGCGGAAUUAGGUGUAAUGUAGUGGGAG